AUGUAUUCUGCAACCCAUCUUCUAUUCUUCAUCUUACUUCAUAUUUUUCUUGUCUUCCAUGGAUCACCAGCAGAGACCGUCCGAGAUGGCACCAGAACAGCAAAGCUUGGUGCAAUCAUCGAUGCAAAUUCGAGUAUUGGAAAGGAAUUAAAGACAUCCAUGGAUAUAGCUAUCGAAAUCCUCAACAAGUCUAACAACCACUUCAAGCUAGAACUCCAUGUAAAUGAUUCAGGCGGAGAUCCUUUCCAAGCAACUUCUGCCGCUGAAGAAUUGGUCAAGAAACAUAAAGUGGAGGCAAUUCUUGGAAUGGAGACAUGGCAAGAGACUGAAUUAGUGGCUGAAAUAGGAAAUCGAGCUGGAAUACCGGUAUUUUCCUUCGCAACGACUUCUGUCCCUGCAUCAUUAACUACUAAGCAAUGGCCUUUCUUGGUUAGGAUGACCCACAAUGAAGCUACACACAUGAAAUGUGUGGCUGCCAUUGUUGGUGCCCACAACUGGAAGAAGGUUACUGUAAUCUAUGAAGAUGAUACUUAUGGAAGCAAUUCAGGACUGGUUAUGCUUCUCUAUGAUGCUCUUCGAGAUGUAGGCUCUCAGGUUGAAUACCAAAUCACUGCUCUUUCAGAUCCCAAUACAAUUUCGAAAGAGCUGGAGAUGCUAAAUAGCGCGCGGUACUCAAGGGUCUUCAUUCUUGUUCAACCUUCAGUAUCAUUUUGUAUUCAUGUGUUUGGAGAAGCCAGAGGAAUUGGACUGAUGGGGAAUGAGUCUGUUUGGAUAACUACAAACACAAUUGCCAGCACUGUCUUUGAUUCCUUCAAUUCCUCUGUCAUCUCCUCCAUGCAAGAUGUUUUAGGAAUUAAGACUUACUUCUCUACAACUAGCCCAUCCUUCAAAGGUUUCGAUUCUAAAUUCUCGAAAAAAUUUCAUUCUGAGUAUCCAGAAGAAGACAAAUUGGAGCCCGGAAUCCAUGCAGUUCGAGCAUAUGAUGCCAUUUUUACUCUAACAAGUAAAACUACUACAACAUCAAAUUCAUUGCGAGACAAAAUAUUGUCAAGCAACUUCAGUGGCUUAAGCGGAGAAAUUCAGUUCAAAGACGGAGAAUUAUCGAAGUCUCCGGUUUUCCAAAUUGUUAAUGUGAAAGGAAAGAGUUACAAGGAACUCGAUUUCUGGACACCUGAGUGUGGUUUCUCAGAGAGUCUUGGUCAUCAUCAAUGUAAUGGUACCAAUUAUACCAUGAAAGGAAUGAGUGGACCAGUGGAUUGGCCUGGACGGCGUCAAAUGCCCCUGAAAAUUGGUGUUCCGGGCGAAACAGUGUUCAAGGAGAUUGUAGAAAUGGAAUGGAACUCUACAUUGAACAAGUUUAAACCUAAAGGUUUCUGCAUUGAUGUUUUUGAAGCGGCUGUUGAGAUCUUGAAGAAGAACGAUUCUAAUAAACUCUGGGAAUAUGAAUAUGAAAGAUUCAAUGGAACCUACGACGAGCUCAUUCUCCAAGUCUAUAACAAGACAUAUGAUGCUGUGGUUGGCGAUAUGUCGAUCCUUGCCAACCGAUCAAACUACGUGAAGUUUACUUGGCCCUUCAUAGAGUCAGGUCUGUCAUUGAUAAUCCCUGUGAAUAAGGAAUCUCAGGCGUGGAUGUUCAUGAUGCCCUUCACAAGUACUAUGUGGAUAGUGAUCGGUUUGGUUUUGCUCUACACCACUUUGGUGAUCUGGUUCGUUGAACAUCCAUCGAAUGCUGACUUUGGAGGCUCAUGGAAGGAUCAACUAGGCACUGCCUUGUGGUUUACCUUCUCAACUUUCUUCUUUGCCCAGAGGGAGAAACUUAAUAGAAACUUCAGUCGGUUUGCAGUGGCAAUAUGGUUGUUUGUGGUGUUGAUCUUGAGCAAUAGCUACUCUGCAAAUCGCACUUCUAUGCUCACUGUCCAAAGACUCAAACCUACCAUGUCCGACGUCGAGAUUUUAAAGAAGAACAAUUCAUCUGUAGGGUGUGAUAACAAAACAUUCGCUAAGAAAUACUUGGUUGAUGUACUUGGAUUCAUGCCGGAUAACAUCAGGAAUUUUACAAUUGAAGAUAACUAUACGGAUGAAUUUAAACAAGGCAACAUCAAGGGUGCUUUCCUAGAGCUCCCCAAUGCUAAGGUGUUCCUCAACAAAUAUGGAAACAAAUAUACCUCCACUACUCAACCAAUCUAUAGAUUUGGAGGAUGGGGUUUUGUCUUUCCAUUGGGUUCGACUCUUGCUGACAACUUCUCCAAUGCAAUUCUAGAACUAUUGGAGAAUGGAAAUAUUAAAAAUUUGGAAAACACUUGGUUAUGCGGAAAUACCAAUUGUUCAAAAUCGGGAACUGCUGAAGUCGAAGAUGAGACCUUGGGCCUUGAUAGCUUUUGGGGGCUUUUUCUUCUCACUACUGGCACAUCCACCAUUGUCUUUCUACUCUUUCUCAUUAUUAACCAAGGGAAGGAAGAUCUUUUACACCGGAAAGACCAGCAUCCCAAAGACCAGGAUCAGAUUUCAGAGGGGCCUCCAGCUUCUUCAGCACAAACCACAGACGAUAGGGAUCUGGUUCCUCCAGAGUCCAGGGUAGAAAUAUCUGAAAUUUAAAUGAAUACCCAUGUAUAGUGUAUACAUAUAUAUAUA